AUGCCCCGCUUCGACUACACCGCCGCCAUUGAGGAAUUGCAGACAUUACGCACCACCAACGAACGUCGUUCAGAACAUGUCGCUGCUUUGGGAGCAAGGCUCAUUCGCGAAAAACACAUGGCCAAACUCAACGAUCAAGUAUGGCCUUUGUAUGAGCAAAUCACUAUCGCAGCACUCGAUGUCAACGAUUUCGAACUAGCCGAUCAUUGUCUUGGCCAACUUGAAGCACGAUUUGGUGAUAACUCCAUGCGACUUCAACGGUUAAAGGGGAUGCGAUUGGAAGCACAAGGCAAAUUGAGUGAAGCCCAAGCAGUAUACGACAAGAUCUUAGAAAGGGAUCCAACCCAUAUGCUUACAUCGAAGCGACAAAUCGUACUUUUGAAAGAAAGGAACCUGAACGAGGAAGCGAUUGAAGCCCUUGUCAAAUAUUUGGAUACCUAUUAUGAUGACCAAGAAGCAUGGAGUGAAUUGUGCAACAUGUACCUGGAUCAGCAUCUUUACGAGCAAGCUGCAUUCUGUUGUGAGGAAUUGAUCGUGCAGCAACCUGCCAACCACAUUUGGUACUUGAAAUACGCCGAGAUUCUUUACACCAUGGGUCAAUUGGCAUUGGCGCUCAAGCAUUAUUGCAAAGUACUUGAAUUAUGCACCGAUCAUGUGCGUGCCUUGUAUGGACUUCAUCUGUGUGCAACAAAGCUAUCCAAUGUCGACCAUGCUACUGAUCUUCAUGCUUUGGCCACUGAACGCCUACUUGCCGUCUACAAGAAUGGAUCCGAAUCUACCCGUAAACUAGUACAGGAUUAUCUCAGCAUGUAA